CAAGGAACCAAUCAAACCAUCUGUACUUAACGCACGAAAGAUGGCAUGUUGCUGAAACUAGAAACUUUUUUUAUCUACUAUCGUGUCUUGUUCAAUGAAUAUUUAACUGGAAAUGUCUGUGUUAAGACUGGGGAGUCUUUCAAGCCAGCCAGCGACAGGGAAAAUAAGGCACAGAAAAAUGACGGUGCCUGUUUCUAAUCACUAGGCAGGCCAGUUGAUUAAGAAUAGAAAAUCGGUUGACGCCAGAAAUUGGUGUCCCGAUUCAGUGUCGUGAAGUAAUGCAUCAAAGUGGGAUCUAUACCAACAUGGAUCCAAGAAAAGUGAGCCAGCCAGGGGCGAUGCUCCUGUGUUGUAUGUAAUUAUAUCAAAAGGGAAAUAACUCUCAUCCGCGCUCCUUGUCGUGUUUGCGAUAAGGAGCACUGUGGACCUUAGGGAGUUUUAACUAAAUUAUAUAAAAAGAGCAUUCUGUUCCCCAUACCGAUUUUGGAUUAACUGAGUUUAGAUUAAUUUUAUCAAGUGUGUAUACAGGAAUAUUUUCGUAACCAUGGAUAAAAUCAUGAAUCGUAAAUCGUGGUCGCCGAUUAAGGAGAACCUGCUCGCUCAGCGUCUUGCCGGGCUUGAGCGGUCUCCAUCAGGCGAAGAUUACCAAAGAUAUGGAAGUCAGAGCUCAAUCAACCAGGAGGAAAACUUUGUGGAAACACCAUCAGAAGCAAAACGCCGACGCCUCAUGCCAGAUGAUAUCCCCAGCUCCCUGUGCAGCCAAGUAAGCAGCCAGGUGAGCAGCCGAUCACACUCCCCGACCAUGUCUGAAUGCCUGCUAGACGACAGCCUGAUGAGCACGCCGAGUAUGUCACCUUCAAACACACUUCUGAAGGAGCAUUUCCGGCGCAAGUAUCGCAAGGAUGAGCUCUGGGCCGCCAUAGAGACUAACUACAAAUAUUUGAUGGACAAAGGAAUCAUUGAGGCUUGUCAGAUGUCACAGGAGGGCGAGAUGGAGGAGGCUACAAGGACAUCCCAUGUUUCGUUCCAAGAGUUUCUCACCCAAUACAAGGAGAUUUCUGAUUGGCUGAAAACAAUUGAGGCGGCCAUAUCACAGAAGGCCUCGUCAACGCUGGCUCUGUCCGAGAAGUACCUGAAUAGGAGCUACUACGAGGAACUAGAGAGGUCCCCCAAACUUCAGCUCCUGAAUGACUAUGCCACACAACUGAAAACCUGUCAACCUGUUCUGAGGGAGGAGGUGGAUGUUUUCUUGAAGGAGGUGAACACACAGUGGACAACAAUCCUGACCGCUGUGAAGCCCAAAAACCUCAACCAAGAUCCUCUGUCCAUGCUUAAAGACCUGGAGGUAGACCUGGGAUGUCUGAAGGGCUGGCUAGAUGGGAUUGAGGAUCACCUGAAGAGCCAGAUGUCACACACUUGGCAGUAUGAGGAGCUGGAAUCUGUUGUUGUGGAGCACAAGAUCCAACAACGUGACAUUGAAGCCCACUCGCGCGUGAUAUCAGCCGUCCUGAAACUCAGUGACCAUCUUCAGGAGAAUGGGCUCGAGCCCGGGGAUUUGCAUGAGACAAGCGCCCACAGUCUUGAGCGCCGCUGGCACGGGCUCUGGUUACAGUCCCUAGAGUGGCAGUGUAGGCUUGAGGAUGCCAUUGCAAGGAAAAAGGGAAUAGUCAACCCAGGACCAUAUCUGGACACGUUUGCAAGUCUCAGAGAAUUCACAGAUGACGAUGAUGAUGAUUACAGCUACGAUUCUCGCGAUGUAACCAGUGGCGGGGAAGAUAUUUUUCCAGGAUUUGGAUUACGCAGCGAUUUCAUUCAGUCGCCACAGAAAUCUGACAGCAGCUUGUCAUUGUCACCCGAAUUUGAUCAAAGUAGCGGGAAGGAUAGCGCAGUUGCUAGCGAGUCUGAACAGAAGACCAGCUCUGAUAUGUCGGAGAACUACCAGGAUCUUUCUGUAUCGACCGGGAGCGAAUCUGAGCGCGAGUUUCUCAGACAAAUCAGGAUUAAAAAGCAUGAUAGUCGAGAUAUUGGAUACGGCAGCGAGAGCCAAUCAGAUGAGCUGGAGAGUCGGUAUAAAGGGGUAACGUUCACAGGCAUCAAUGGACGGGCAAGAAAAUCCUCCAAAAAUGACUACUACGCUACAGUUGUUGUUGACACAUCGUCAUCAUCCAAUGACAAAGCUGAAGGAUGGACCUCAGCCAAUGCGGAACAGAAGAGUGAUGAUUCGGACAUUAAUGGGCAAGUCCAGAAUGUUCUAAAGCAAGAGGAACCUGAAAUGGAAGACAUUCGAUUCCUCAUUGAUCAAGCAGAUAUUAUGGUACAACAGGGGAAUGCAUUUAACAAGACUUACUCGCCACAAAGAUCGAUAGAUGGAAAAGACAAUGUAGGAGCGGAGUCACAUCCAGAAAGUCUAUCGUCAUCGUCCUCCUCGGCCCAACCCAGAGAAAUGAUUGACAAGGGCGUGGGGACAAUUGAGAGCUCUUGUGAUGCAAGCGAUGAGGAAAGUGGGGAUUCCGAUGGACAUCAGGAAGAUGGAACAGAGACUAUAGACAGUGUUCUGGCUAGUGAAUACACAUCAGAUGAAACGAAAAAUGGCGUCAGGGAUUAUUCACGCCUGCCAAAACUGUAUGAUACAACAACGCUGAAAACUAGGCUCAAGGGUAGAACCAGGGCAGAACGACCAUGGAGCGUUAUUGAAUUACCAAACGUGACUGAGGCGAAACAUAUUUCUACCUCGGAAAGUGCCAUCGAUAAACUCAGUGCAGCUUUUAGUGACUCAGAUAUUCCGUCUAAUAAAUCGCAGCGAUCAUCACAUUCUCUCUCACCCACUUUGCCUCGACAUCGAAUCAGGAGGUUGCAUCGCCCUGUCGCAAACAGUUUAAACCAUGGAGCGAGAUCUCAACUUGGGGCGAAACGAAAACUGGACUUGAAUUUGGAGAUUAUACAACCAACAUUAUCAUCCGAAACACAGGACAUAUUUAUACAACAAAGUGCUGAAAUUAUAAGUUCAACCCCAAAAAGUGCUCAACUUGAACCAGUGCAUUUUAACUCGAUAUUAUCCACACAAGUCAUAAAUCAUCAACCAGACUUAGAACUUACCCCAGUGAAAACCCCUGUAAACUCAGAGCAAGGCAUCUCAGGAAUGUCCCAUGUUGUGCCUUUUAUAGGGGAACCAUGUACCUCAGAGGAUGAAAGAACCACCCCACACAAAUGUAAUGGACUUAUGUCUAGGCUACAAAAUGCAAGAUUCAAAUCCAGUGGCAGCAGCAAUGAUUCUGAUACUCAAGGAGAACCCACAGCAGCCUCAGAGAUUGACGACCCCAACAAUGAUGGGAACUUCUCAGAAAAUGCAUGGGACAACUACCAGGCCCCGCUGUACGCAACAGGAAGCGAGGAGCCACCAGAAGAUGCCCUUACUUGGGAGCCUGGUGAGAUGGAAUUUGACGAUGAAUUCAGUCUGCCACAGUCUACGAUACUCGCUACUUUGCUGGCUAGACGGUCAGAUGAGGAAGUGUACACUGGGAAACAUCCUAAACUGGUUCCGUCCAGUCAGGGUCAGUACGAGGACAGUGACUCGGACAUCGAGGAUCUUAAUCACAUCCUGGAAGAGUCUCGUAUGCAGCUGAAGGUCGCAGACCGCUCCCUGCGGAAGAAACGCAAGGAUCCGCUAAAAACGGGACUCCACCUUAACCCUGGCAAAUAUGAUGAGUUGAUGGCAACCAUUGAGACGAACAUCCGAUGUCUUGGGGACAUAAGCCAGCACAUUGACCAGGCUGAUGUCUCUGAACAAGAUGUGCAAAAAAUACAAGACCUGCUCUACCAGUGGCAGAAACUCCAUGGGCUGGCAUCAGAUCGUCGUAACCAGUCCCAGGAAGUGAAGACAAUGUACGCAACGUUCCUCACAGUAGAGGGCGCCGUGGCCGAGGGUGUCCCCCAGCUCGAGAAACGCAAGUUCAAGAGCAUUGACGAUCUCAGGAUUACUGGUGAGGAACUACUGGAAAAGCAGAAGUUCCUGCUUUGCCAGAAGCAAAUGUUGGGAGACAUGCGUGUUGUCGUGACAACAUUCUCUACCCAGAAUCCCUCAGUCAACAUGGAUGGCUUCCUGGACCAGAUAAAUACUUCCGAGAUGAAGAUUGAUGACCUCUUGAAGAGAAUUCACCAGCAUGUUGGAGAAUUAGAGCAUAUUGGGUGUAUGUGGAGGGAAUACAUUGACACUCGUCGGGAACUUGAGUUUCUACUCACCCAGGAGCGAGAGCUGCUACAGAAAAUCGCAUUCUCACAGGAGGUCAACACUGACGGCAACAGGGUCGAUGUGGAAAAUGAUCUGAAGAGCCUGGUUCAAAACCUCAGCAUCUACGAAGACAAGCUGAUAGCCCUGCAGCGUCUCAGGUCAGAGUUGGUUGACCUUGCCGACGAAGACUCACUCAUAGAUCUGACAGCAGGAAUUGCAGACAUCCGCAACCAGCUGUUUUUUGUAAAACAGCAGUGCCAACACAUUCUCAACACAGACGCUGAUGUGGCGUGUCAGGAAGAAAUGAUGGAGAAAGAUGUGGAACAGGAUUCUGGUCUAGAAGGUGAUCAAAUGGAAGUGGAUGAAGACAUGAUGGAACACAAACUGGAAACUGUUGCCAUGCAAACCAAACAGACAAGCUUUGUUGAGCCACAAAAAACAGAAAAAGCAGCCAAAAAAGUCAAAGCUGAGAAAAAGAUUGGGCUGCCAUCUUGGUUGCGAUCAUUCCCACUUCAGGCAGUUGCGUUUGCCGUCUUCCUGGGGAUGCUGUACCUAUUUGCUCCCAAAUCCCUCCAUAAACUGUUAGAUUUCACAUUCCGGAUCACUCCAGAGCUUGAUUAUGUUAAUGGUCCCCCACCAGUGUAAAGCUGGGUACCAUUUCUCAGAGAAAUAUAAUGUAAGCCCUGGCAUGGGUGUACAUAAAACGCUUGGGUUAGCCCUGGUGAAGUUCUGUAUAAAAAUGUAAAAUGCUUGAAAAUGUGUUGAAAUCCAAUUUGGUCUCUGUUUAAAUAAGGCCAUUUGGUAAGAAAAGAAAUGCAGUGGAAAGGCAGGAAAAUGUAAAUAGAAAAAAAAAAUUGAGUUUGCUGGUGAAAUAUUUGUGGGGCUACACCCAUAUUUUUUAUGGGUACAAAAAUGUAUUCUUAAUGGACAAAAAUACUUUUUUUUGCUGCUUUUCCAAUGCACUCUUUCUGUAUAUACACAAGCAUGUUUGUGCGAAUAAAAAAGGGGGUAAACAGAUCGGAUAAAAUUAGUAAAAAAAAAGUGUGCUGAGUAAAGGGAAGAAUGUAAUGUUAAUGUAUUCCUAUACCAAUAGUUGCUAUAAUGUAUAGGUGGGCAGUGUAGAAAAUAUGUAAACUGUAUAUACACAAAAACAAAUGCACAAAAAAUGUGUACAGCAUAAUUGAUGUUUGUAUAUACCAGUAUGCACAUGGGUAUGGCUUUUAUCCUGUGUUUACACAUAAAUUACAGGAACAAGGAAAAGCACAUGUAGAUGUGAUGUAAAUUGCUAAGAGCCAUGAAAAUAGAAUACAUGUAAAAUGUAUGUGUACAUGUAUAUGUAUCUUACAAUGAUGUAUAGUUGUAUCUAUGCAUUUAUAUAGUAGCAGGUUUAACUUCAGGUUUAAGAUGAUAACUUACGGCAUAGACAUAUACUGGCUACGACAAUAUACACCGGCUAUGACAACAUAUAUAUAACGAAACAAAUGUGACAGUUCCGAAAUGAAAAUUUGUUCCAAUUAUUGGCUUUCAUUUUUGUAUAAUAUGCAAAGAAGAGUUAAAUGCUUUUAACAAAUUUUCAAUUUCAAAAAAUGCUUAUGCCAUGAUGUUGUAAUUCAACUUGGUAUAAACAUAAAAUCCCAUAAAAUGUGACAAAUUGUGCAAAUCCAGCAUGGUGAAAGGAAUUCUUCAGAGUAAAACCUGUUCAAAGGUAUCUGCAAGAAAACAGAAAAUAUUCCUGGAAAAAGGGAUUUCAAUGUCUGGGGCUAAUUGUGAAUUUGGGAAAUGUGUCGUGGGACACUAUUUGCCAUUUCAUGUUUUGUGUAAGAAGUAAUAAAUUGGCAAACGAAACAAGUUAUGCCAUAGAGGCGUAGAAGAUGGUCUUCAUGUAGACCAAAAUGAGGUCCACAAUGUGUUGGACGAUGUGUUGAGUGAACGUAGUUGUUCAUUCAUGCUUAUACACAUGAUGUACCAUGAAAAUAUGCCACAUGUGUGAUGAUCAUUACAGUGCUUAUGAGAAUGGCUUCUGUGAGGAAAAACACAUAAGGGCUGACAGUUGGGGGUAGAAAAGCAAUGGUCCGUGUGUAAAAUUGCCAAAAGGAGUGAACAAAGAGUCACUAAUUGACCAAGGAGUAACAAAUUGACCAAAGAGUCACAAAUUGACCAAGGAGUCACUAAUUGACCAAGGAGUCACAAAUUGACCAAAGAGUCACAAAUUGACCAAGGAGUCACUAAUUGACUCAAGUAUCAAUAAUGCACUGUAAUGUGCAGUGGAAAAUUAAGAGCAAAUUUGCUCCAUACAGCUGGGCAUUGGUGCUAGAAUGUUCAAGUUGUACGUAAGAGGGAUUCAACGAGGUUGAAAUGACCUCAUACAUUUAGCCCCAGUAAAGUUCAUACAGUCAGUUCAGUAAAGAACAAUGUGUGAACAAUUACUACCAGUCAAGGUUUCAUUGACAUUUAAAUUUGAUUUAUUUAGUUUAAAAAAAAACAUUCAGGAAGCUUUCAACAUAUUAGAUUUCUAGAAUGGUUCAUGACUUUAAUAUUCAUUGAAUAUGAAAACUAUUAUAAUUGUGUUACAUUGAAAAGCAAAUCACACUUAAAAGAUAGAUAAAUAAAGCAAAUUAUGUAAUGGCCAAAUGUAGACAGUAAACUGGUGUAGUAAUGACCAUGCUGGAUUCACAAUGUCAAGGUGAAAGCUUGACAAAUUCCCUUAGUUUGUGACAAUCACCCAUAUUUGAGACACAAUGUUACGAAUUUAUAAGAAACUCUUCUGUAACAUACCUGCAGUUUGUGCAGUGUAUUCAAAUCCUGCAAAGUGGGGUAAAUGUUUGGUGCCAGCACAUGAUGUGCUGCCAAAUACUUGGAAAAGCCUUCGUAGAGGUGAUUUAGAUAAAUUGUUAAUGGUUGGAUCAAGUGUCAUGAUGUAAAUAGCUCAUAAACCCAAAACAUGAAAAAAAGGAGAAAAAAAAAUAAAAAUAAAUAAACACUUAUGGCAAAAUACAUAUGUACCCCUGUAUUGUGCGUAAGAGGAUGUUACCAUACAGUUGUUUGAAAAAAAAAAAUCAAUAAAUUAGAAUAUUGUGAUGUCAUAAAGGGACUCGUUCAUGUUAUAUAGCGUCAAACAUCAAAAAUACUAAUGCUUGUUUCAAGGAUAAAACAGCUUUUUUGUAAAUAAUUAUUUAAAAGUUACGACAGAGAAUAGAAAAUAGUUAUUAUAGCGCUAUCGAAAACUAAACGAAGGAACUUCCAACAAAGCUUAAAAAUAUGUUUUGAAAAUUAAAUGAUCUGUGACUGAGUCCCUUAAAACUUUUGACACUAUGUUUUCUUAAUUUCCGAAAAUGAUGGCUGUAUGGUAGCAACACAUUUCAUUUUAGGGAAAAAAGGAUGUUUUACAAAAACACAAAAAACAAAAAGUCUGCACUCGUACAGUGGGAAUAGUCUGUGAUGGAUUUACAUAACAAUCUCAUCAUUUUUCUAAAUAAAUCAAAAGAAACUACCGGGGGAAAAACCCAGUAGCCUAAGAUUCUCUAAAUAUCCUAUUUUCCCUUUGUGGAAAUGACCACAUAUGUGUCAGCAAGUCGUGAAUACUUUUGGCCAUGUGUCUUAUGUGACAAAUAGGUUGUGAGUGAUGCAGUCAUGUUACAAAGCUUUUAGUUUCGACGGCAAGAUAGGUGCAAAAAUGGUCCAGACUUUGGGGUUUUGGUUAAAAAGGAUUCAAAUUUUAUACAUUUGAAAUACAUUUUUCCAAAUGUUAAUAUGCAAUUAGUAGUUUGAGUUUGGAUAAGGGAAAAAGUUGAAGAUUGUUAUUUUGAAGGGAAAGAUUUUAAGAUAUUGCAAUUACCCAUUUUUGCACCAUAUGCCAAUGUACCAAGAAAAUAUUUAUUUUGAGAAUUCAAGUGCCUAUUAUUUUCAUCACUGUGUACAUAAUUUUUCAUUCACCUAUUUAUAUGUUUGAUUCAAGAUACACGUGUCAUAUCACCAAUCACUAGGCUGUUUUACCGCUGUGAAGGUGUUGUGCUUCAUACAUGUGAACCACACAAGCAGAAAUGGGUCAUUUGUUGAAUGAUCAGUUUUGGGCAGCAUAUCAAGUAUUUUAUUCAUCAAAAAAAGUAUCAUAGACCUUACAAGAAUAUGUUACGCUAGUAGCGCUGCAAUUCAAAUGUAAGUAACAGGAAACUAUGCCGUCACAUUUCCCACGUAUGUCAUAUUUACUAGACCUAUUUCUGCUUGUCUAAGUUUAUGAACAUGUUAUGUCAGGAUAUUUAUAACUACUAUCUUUUUGAUGAAUACAUUAUAGACCUUAAAGUUCAGGUUAAUAUUGAAUACGUAUUUACCACGUAUUUUACUUUGAUAUGCAAAAUCCAUCUGGCAGACUUCAAAAAUCAUCCUUAUUCAAAUUCAUGUUUGAAUGGAUGCCAGAACGAGCACUUUUAAAUCAUUGCUACAUUUUCAGAUUAUGGUAUAAAAGCAAAGGGGCCGUCUUAUUAACAAGGUAUAGCUGAUAAUUGUGAGAUCAGGAAAUUCACUUCCAUACUAUAAGCAAGUGUUAGAUAAAGAUUAUAACUUGUAAUUUUAAAUUAACAUAGUCUACCAUAUCUUAUCUAAUCGUUUCAAAAUAUGGCUCACAAUGAUUAAAUUAAAUGGUUCAAAAACUCAGAACCUAGGAUACGUUCAUCCAUAAGUCAUUUGCCCUUAGAAUAUACAUGUCUGACACAUGUUUCAUCAUACAUACAAACAUGGCCUAAAUUUGGGUUCAGGAAAUUCAGUUUGUUUUCUUUUGUAUGAAUUUUAAAUAUUGUAAUUAUACGGAAACUGGAUAAAUGAUUAGCUUGCAGUGAAUGUGAGAAAAUGUAACAAAUCACAUUACAUGAUAAAUGAACUUUUUGUUAGUCUUUAUUAAAUUUCCAUACAAAAUAUGUUGGAGUAUUAGUUUUAUUACUGUAAGCAUUAUGAAUGGACAGAAAUGUGCUUGGUAAAGGAAAUUUAAAUAAAGUAGAAAUAUUUGUUAAUAUAUUUUGUUUAGUACAUUUGAUCUGAUGGUUGGAGGCAGCAUUGUAAAAUGUUAUUUCCAGUAUAUAAGUGUUGUUUUAAUGUGUUUAGUUGAUAUGUUUUAAUACUUAUUUAUUUGAUUUUUUUCAUUUAUUUGAUUUUUUUCUGUAAUAUUUUAAUCCAAUUAUCAGAUUUUCCUUAAAUUAGGUAAAUGAUAAACAACACUAUAAUUAAGAAUUUAUGAAAAUAUUAGGCAACAAUUAGCAUACCGGAUAAUAUAACUGUUUUAUUACUAAAAAAAAAAUUGCAGUUGUCAAGACAAAGGUUUAUUGCAAUUAAAAUCCAGUUUGCAAAGAAAAUAUUGUGUCGAAAUAUUUGUAUGUAUAUUUCUUUAUUCACUUGUCAAUUUCAAUAUUGUGAUUCAACUUUGACUCCCAGAGAUACAAUGUAUAUGAAGCCUGUCAAUGGGUAAUUGUUAGUCUGUCUCAUUAGUAACAUUCAUCACAACAUAAUCAGUACUGACAUCUUUGCCAAAGCUCACAUACAAACACAUUGAUUGCUGUUUUGCAGUUUGAACAUUUUAACAUAUCCGGCAUGCAUGUGUAUUUUCUUACUUUUUUUUUUUUUUUUCUUUUUAAAACCUCUUGAUACAAAUUAAUAAAAUCAAGAAAUGAUAUGUACAUGUGUGUUAGAUGCCAUACAUUCCACUGACUUCAAAAAAAUGUUGAUAUUUGUGGAAUUCAUAUUUGUGUUACUGUUAAAUGUAAGCUUUGAGUUUUGUUGAAGGCGAAGCAUUUCGGCAAAUCUUGGUGUUGUUAAUAACUGUGAAAACAAGUUCUAACAUGUUAAACAUACGGGUACAUGAAAAUAAUGGUGUUUUUAAGAUUAUAUUUAUUUUACCGAAUACUCAUUUAAUUUUAGUUUCAAGUAGUCAAGUAGGUUAGAAUGCUAACUGUUCAUUGGCAGAUUUUAAUCAGUUAUAAUGUUUAGUUUAUGAUUAUGUUUUUAGUUGGAUAAACAAAGAUUUGCCUUAACUUGCUUAUUUCUAACAUGCAACACCUUUUUUCAAGCUAAGGAAAGAGAAUCUUGAAAAUUAUGAGGCUGAAAAAGAAACAAACUAACAAUGUAAUAUGUAUCUGAAUAUAUUGGAAAGAUAACACACCAUGACUAGCCAUGUUGAUGUGUGAAACAUGAGGACAUUCUACCAUUUACAGGAAUGUGUAUACCAAAUCUGAUGUUUCUGCUGACUUUCAAAGUGACUCAUUUAAUUAAAACAAGUUAUUUUAAAGAAAAGGCUGUAUAUGAAAGGUUUGUUGUUGAUGGGUGUGUGCAAUCACUGUUGUUAUAUCAUGUAUAUGAAAGGUUUGUUUUGACAUACAUGUAUAUUUGGCUUAACAUGUGCUUGAAUGGUUCAAUUUCACACCAGAGCCUUUUGGUAAAAAUGAACUUUUAAAGGUUGUUUAAGUUUACACAAUUAGGUUGUGGGUAGGCUGUGAAAUAUUGUCUACCGGGUAUAUGCAAACAUGUGAACUUGCUCUGCUUCUGCUAUUUAUUGUUUCAGCUUUGCUUUUUAUUAUUUCAUUCAUAUCAUUCAUAUUACAUGUCAUAUAUAUUACUAUAAUGUAUUUCAAAAUAUUGUGGAGUAUGAUAGUUGUACAACAUGUUUCAUUCUGACAGUGUUUAACUGAAUUGUUAAAGUAAAAAAAUAAAUAAAAACUAUUUAAAUGCACAAAAUGAAUCAGGAAAAAAAACACACACACAAAAAAAAUAUUUAAUUUUUGUUAUAGAAAGAUGCAAUAAUGUGCUAUUUAAGAAUCGAUGAAAAUAAAGUAAUUUCCACUA